UGAAGUUAAGCAACUUUCGCAGUGGUCGGUCAUUGGAUGGGUGACCAAAAAUCUUGUAUCUCGUGUUCCUCUGUGCUUCGGAAGGCACGUUAAGCCGUUGGUCCCGGCUGCAUCUGCAGUCGUUAGUUCAUGGCCCAAUCUCCCUAUUCUAUCCAUAGGGAAGGCCUGUGCCCCUGCAGUGGGGACAUUUAUAGGCUGAUGAUGAUAAAUUUCAUAAGAAACCACAUGAUAUCAGUUGCAUUCUUAGGUACAGGUUAUCAUAUGUCUUCGUGUAUACGUAUUUGUAGUGCAGAAAUUGCCAUUCGACUAGCAAUAAGUUUUUAUCCGACUUACAACAAAAGGAGUGUGAAAUUUUCAAGUAUCAUGUCUGUGAGUGUCUCGUGUAUCUUUGUAAGUACGUUUCUUUAUUCAGCAACAAUAACUUCACAGAAGAGAUUUGGAUGUACCUAUAUAACAUUAUAUAAAAUGAAUAUAAAAUAGAUGUCUAUAAGUACCGAUCAUUAUUUAUUUAUUUCUUUUAAUUUUAAAGACUGACAGUGACUGGUUCCAAAAACCUAGUUGUAUACAGAAUACACUACAAUUCUACCACACCUGUAUUUGCUAAUAAGUUAAGUAUAGGAAGCGAUUCGAUUUAUCGCUCCACAGAAAGGAAUGACUCAGUUUAAAUUUGUCACGCACCUCAUUAAUAAUCACUCCAGCUGAUUAACUAAACCGAUUUCCUAUAGUUACUUCAAGUCAAUGUUAAAAGAUGGCGCCACUGAACACUUUUUCAUCUACAAUGUGGCUACAAAUUGUGAAAAAGCUGAAAUUAUCGCAGCGUCCGUCGUUGUAUGUGGCGCCACCUAGAGUAUAUACUUACUGAUAAGAAUGAAAUGUUACUGAAAUAUAAAGGUAGACAACCGGUAUGUUGACUUGACAGUCUAAACGUGGUACGAGCACACAUCGAAAUGGCAGGACGACCUUAUUACGGUUACGGUCAACCACCGCCCGGGAUGCCGCCCGGCGCUCCCCCUGGCUACCCUCCCAUGAUGGCAGCACCCGGGAUGGUAUACUACCCCAUGCACCCCGCCUACUUCUACCCUUACCCCCACCCUCCCCCCGGCGGAGGCAUUAACAUCGUGGAUGAGUCAGCACCCGCAGAGAUCGUGCCCACCCUCCCUGGGGAGACGGUCGAGCUACCUUGGAGUACAUACAAAUGGGUUCCCGCGUGCUUGAGCCAGCAGAGCAUUCCUCCUGGUGCCCUGAGGGUUGGUACCGAUGCAGAUGGUGAGCCGAUCUAUGCUGGCAGAGCUCCGUACAUGGGAGACGUCUUACCUGCCAAGGUCAUCCCUUCAAAGAAUGCCUGCUACGUCUGCCAUAAUGGACAAGAAGUGUUGGUGCCAUCGAUGUUCUCGUGGCAGUUCAGCACAAACGGUGAGGUGCCCCCAGGUGCUGUCGCCGCUGGCAGCACCGCUGACGGCGAGAAGUUGUACUACGGCAGAGUGACACAUGACGGAUGCACCACUCCUGGCAAGAUUCACACCAGCCAUGGCUGCUGUUACUAUCCUUUCGAUGGCGAGGAGAAGUCUUCUACUGAAUACGAAGUUCUGGUCCUCCUAUAAGUGGACAUAAAUACCUAUCCAAAAGGGCUAUUAUAGACACUGUAUUCAGAAGCUUAGAAUUUUAUUACUUAAAAUAAUUCCAUUGUGACACUACUUCUUUACUUGGUAGCUGAAAUAAUUAUUACGUUAUUUAUUUUUGUAUCUUGCCUUAAAUCUUAAAAGUUUUUAUUUAGUUUGUGCCAAUAUGAUAUCUUUAUUAACCGAAUCGUUAAUAAAAUCUUAUUAUGUUUGACGUUAUGACUACAUUUUAAUAAUAUUAAAAUACUUGUUGUUUUAA